AGCUCCCACACAUUCACCCAAAUUUUUACAAAACCCUAUUUUCAACCAACCCCAUAAACCCCAACACACACACACACACACACUCUCACAACACAACCAUGGCGAUCCACAAAUCAUCUCCGCCAUCUCACCUCCUCCGCGCCUUCGAGCUCCGACUUCUUCGCUGCUCAUUCUCACCGUCCGAUCUCCCCUCAAUUCAAUCCCCGCCGUCAAUCUCAUCUCCUCCCCCUCCACCUAUCCAAACCCUAGCCGACGAAUUGCUCCAAUUCAUCGAGUCAGGCGACUACGCCAAGGCUCUCGCGUCCCCCGCGGCUCGACAAAUCUUCGAUUUCGACGAGUCUAGUAAAGCCUGUUUGGAGAAUUCUAAGGAGAGUGCGAAGAGGUUUUAUUCGGAGACGGUUAGGGAGAGAGUUGAGGUGUUUUUGAGAGGUGAUGAUGAGGAGAGGCUGUUGAGAGGGUUUGUUGUCAUGGCGGUUGGUGUUGCGGCUUUUCUCGCUUUUACACAGUGUAAUUUCACCGGGCCACUAGAAAGAUUUCCUUUGGUACCUCUGCUGACAAUGAAUCUCAAGGAGGCAGACGAUGGUGACUGGCUGGAGUGGGAAAUUUGGGCACGGAAUGAGCUGAUGAUAACAGGGUCUGAACUGCAGGGGAAGUUCUCAAACUUGCAGUAUAUAGUCUUUGCGAAAAUAUUGCUGAUGAGGAUAAAAGACUGGUUGCUGGAUGAAAGUCUUGCUCCUCCCUAUGGGUUACAAAGCAUCUCAUGGUGGUUGGUUAGGCUCCUUCUCAUUCAACAGAAAGUCCUAGAUGAGCUUUCUUCUUACAUGUUUGAUCUCUUGCAAGUUUUUAUGCGUGAAAGUUCAAAUCAUUUUGGGACCAUGGAAAAAGUAGUAAGCUAUUGGGGCGCCAAUUUUCCAGAGGAGGAAGCACAAACCAUAGUUGCAAUGUUAUAUUUGGAAAUGGGUAUAGUCGAACACAUCUACGGCCGGGUUGAUUCUUCCAGCCUGCACUUCAAAUCAGCAGAAGUUGCCUCCGGUCUCCAUCUCUCUGUUAGUGGAGCUUUGGGUUUCCGCACUGUGCAUCAAGUUGAACCUAAGGCUCAGCUGGUGCUUUCUGUAGGCGGUGAUAAAGUUGAAAACAAUAUGUCUGAACGUCAUAAUGUAACAUGUGAAAAUUCUGAUAUAUUAUUGACACCAAGACUAGUAGAUGUCAACCAUGAAUCCUGUAAUGGCACAAGAACAAUUCCCAACAGUGGUGUAGCCAUUUUAAAAGCUGUCCAACAGGCAGUCAUAUUGGCACAAUGUCUGUCCAUUGAGAAGAGCAGCCGGCAUAACGAGAUGCAAAGGUGGGAAAUGGCCCCCUACAUCGAGGCAAUUGAUUCUCAGCAGUCUUCUGAUUUCAUUGUGCGGUGUUUCUGUGAUAUCUUACGUGUUCGAUGGGAGUCAAGUCGUAGUCACACAAAGGAGCGUGCCUUACUGAUGAUGGAUAAACUAGUCCAGGGUGUUCGUGAUACUUCUCUUGGAGUCGCUGAAAGAAUUUACUGCUGUUUCGGGGUUCAUAUGCCUAGUAUUCCUAAGCUAAGGAAGGAGUAUGGUGAUCUCUUGGUGAGAUGUGGCUUGAUAGGUGAAGCAGUUAAAGUUUAUGAGGAUCUUGAGCUAUGGGAUACUGUAAUAUAUUGUUACUGCCUGUUGGAGAAGAAAGCAUCAGCUGUGGAACUCAUUAAGAAACGGUUGGCUGAGCGACCCAGUGACCCAAGGUUAUGGUGUUCGCUUGGUGAUGUUACCAAUGAUGAUGCUUGCUAUGAGAAAGCCCUUGAGGUUUCAGAGAACAGAUCUGCCCGAGCAAAGCGCUCCCUUGCUCGCAGUGCUUACAACAGGAACGAUUAUGAGUUGGCAAAGAUCUUAUGGGAGUCUGCAAUGGCAAUGAAUUCUUUGUUUCCGGAUGGCUGGUUUGCCCUUGGUGCUGCUGCCUUGAAGGCUAGAGAUGUUGAAAAAGCAAUGGCUGGAUUUACACGUUCUGUUCAGCUUGACCCUGAUAAUGGAGAGGCUUGGAAUAAUAUUGCUUGUUUGCAUAUGAUUAAGAAGCAGAGCAAAGAGUCUUUUAUAGCAUUUAAAGAAGCAUUGAAGUUCAAGCGGAACAGCUGGGAGUUGUGGGAUAACUUCAGUCAUGUUGCUGCAGACAUUGGCAAUUAUAGUCAGGCACUCGAAGCUGUAGGGAAGAUUUUAGAGUUAACUAACAAUAGAAAAUUCAACGUUGGGUUACUUGAGAACAUUUUUUUAGAGAUUGAACAAAGAAGUACAAGCAGCCAAAGUCAGUCUUCUAAAGGCAACAAUGAAUACACAUGUAAUCAAGGUGAUUCAAAUGUCAAUUCUGUUGCUGACAAUUCAUCUUCUGAAAAUGACAUGGCUAAAACACGGGAAACCAAUUACUUGAUCGAAGUGCUUGGGAAACUUCUAAAGCAGAUUGUGUGCAAUGGAGGAGGACCAGAGGCGUGGGGAUUGUUUGCAAGGUGGCACAAAUUAAAAGGAGAUUUGACAAUGUGUUCAGAAGCCUUGCUAAAGCAAGUUAGAGCACUGCAGGGAUCUGAUUUAUGGAAUGAUGGCGACCGUUUUAAGAAGUUUGCACAUGCUUCUUUGGAACUUUCUAGGGUGUAUGUGGAACUUAGUUCCUUAAAUAAUAGUCGAAGAGAAUUGUUUGCAGCUGAGAUGCACCUAAAGAACACAAUUAAACUGGCAACUAUAUUUUCGGAAUAUGAAGAAUUUAGGGAUCUUCAGGCUUGCCUUGCAAUUGUGCAAAUUAAAUUGCGGGAUAGUUUGACGCCUGUUGUGUAAAGUUUCUGGAUGUAAUCAUGGUGAUAACACUUUUGGCCACAACCACCAGUAUAUAAACAAUUAAAGUUUCCAGUGAGUCCUCAUACUGGUCGAUAAGCAUGUAGUCAUUAUUAGCAGUUUUCUGGAUACAGAAUAAAUUUUUAGGGGACCUGAGUUGAAGUUAUGAUGUUAAGAGGUAUUGACAACUUGGUGUCUGGGGCACAAGAUGGGUGGUUAUGCUUAUUGACACAGCCCACCCAACCCCCACUUCAGCCUUCAACAAGGUUUCAUCUUCAGAAUGAGUUCGCGAUCCAGGCUUUUGCGUCAGAAGUUGAUAUUCUGUUGUAUCCUGCUUACUGAAGAUUUUGUCUUCCCUAAUGAGCGCGUUCGAUUCAGUUUGCACCAGAGUUUCCUUGUUCCCCUGCCCUGUAUUGGAUAUUUCAAAGUUGAGAGCUUUUAAUGACCUUCAUAUUAAGAAGUUGCUUAUGAGAACGUACUUGCAUUUUGAAUGACAAAUGUAUCACUGUUGUUACGAGGACGGAACACUAUGUAGGGAGUAAAAUUUUAAUAGCCUAAACGGCGAAAUUUUGAUUUUUUCUUAGACCUCUUAAAGGAAAGAUUGCGUUUGUCUU